AACUAAUUUUGACCUACUUUUUCUACCCGGAAGUUGAAACUGAGAGAGACAUCAUUAGGGGAAAUUUCCGUCAUUUCCAGGCUAAAAUAGAGGAAGAAUGGGGCCAUUGUUUGAGUUUUAUCUAACAACAAAAUGGCAGCCAUCUUAAGAUGACACUGGUUUCUUAAUCCUUUCCCUCCGGAAAUCACGACCUUUUGAUCUCAAAAAUAGUUUCUCUAAAAAUGUCAGUGUCGGAGAUGGAAAUAGUAGACACGAAUGGCGAGAGUAUAAGUCUUGAUGAUAAAUACAAGAAGAUACCUCUAGAUGCAUUAAGGGUCAGUGCAAGAAAAAAACUAUCUUUGUAUUUGAACGUUCAAGCUGAAAUUGUUAAUGACGCCAACGGACUAGUAAGUGAUUACAAUGGCUUGGCCGAAAUCGUGGGCUUUGGGUUCCUGGAAAUCAAGGACUUUGAGCGACAAAAAAAUCCUACAGAUGAAUUACUGACAGAAUGGACAAACCGUCCAGAUCUCUCUCCUACCGUUGGGAAGCUGUGGGAUUAUUUAGUGGAGUUGGGCCGCUUUGAUGUGCUUCAAGACUGCAAAAAUCUCAUUAUUCGAGAUGCUGAUGCCUACAUCAGAAUGAGAGAAGAUAUAAAGAGCAAGGAAAGUCCUGUGCAGGAAGAUAUGGUGACUUCUACAGAGACAGCUGUAGACCACCAUGUGGAUGAACUGUGCAUUCUCUGUAAAGAUGAUGUGGAGAAGGGCAUGCCUCAGUACUUUGAUGCCUUUGUGUGUUACUCGCCUAUCGGGGAGGAUUUGACUUUUGUGAAGGAGAUGAUCACUAAGCUUGAGAGUCCGCCUCACAACCUGAAGUUGUUUGUGCCCUGGCGUGAUGACCUGCCAGGGGGCUCGCGCUACGUUAUCGAUGCCAGGCUUAUUGAAAUGAGGUGCCGCCGUAUGGUGAUCAUCAUGUCUAAGAAUUACCAGAACAGCGCUUCUGCAGACUUUCAGGUCAAAUUUGCCCAUGCUUUGUCUCCAGGUGCCCGGAGUAAGAAACUGAUUCCUGUUCUCAUUGAGUGCGGGAUACAGGUGCCUCAGGUGCUGCGUCACGUGACUCUGUGUGACUACACCAAACAGGACCUGAAGGACUGGUUCUGGGACCGACUCUCUAAAGCUAUCAAGGCCCCGCUAGAUCCACAGAUGUCUGGAUAUGGCACAAAAGUUAUGGCUUCAUCUUCCUCUUCAUCUUUGUCAUCAUCCCCGUCGUCAGCUCCAUCACCAGAUAUUGUGUCCGGAGGUCUCGGAUUUCAUGCUGGGAGUAAUAUAAAUAUCCGUGAGCAGUUGUCACAAUUCCAUCCCAUACCACCAUCAUCUAGCUCAACGAGCAUUUCCUCAAUAUCAUCGGCUGAUAAUUCAAUGUCCAGUCAAAGCAGUCAGGGACGCCCUCAACACGCAUCAUGUGACCCCAUGGAACACACGGACGAAACCUCAAUGGGUCCGGAUUCUGCAGUCAAGAAAUCAAAGAAGGAGAAAAGGACGACCUUAAAGAAUAUAUUCAACAAAAUUAAAAACUCUGGAAGCAGCAGUAACACAAGUUCCCACUGCUGAUAAUGAGGAGGUUAGACAAAAUUGACCAAUCAGUACUGCUGAUAAUAAGGAGGUUAGACUAGAUUCUGACCAAUUAGCACUGCUGAUAAUAAGGAGGUUAGACAAGAUUCUGACCAAUCAGCACUGCUGAUAUGAUAUGUGGAGGCUAUACAAGUUUCUGACCAAUCAGCUUUGUGAAUAAUGUGAAGGUUAGACAAGAUUCUGACCAAUCAUGACAGUUGUUAAUAAAGUCUCAAGUAUAAGGGGAUGCUAUGUACUGGGUCACAGUUUUUUUUUAUUGAUAGAGAAGUGGAUUAAAAAAAAUUACACUGCAAAGAAUUUUUUUGAAUAUUUGUUAUAAUUUUUGGUAUGCUGUGUUCUAUGCUUAUUAUACAACACCAUAUCAUAUUGAACUUAAAAUUUAAGAUUGUUUGAGAACUUUUGGAUGCAAAUAUUCUCUCCCACUUUUAUUGAAAUGCUGAGACAUUAAAUUUUGUCUGCUAAUCUGUCACAAAAAUUUAUAAGUGUAUUUUUACACUUUAGGAUUUGUAAUAUAGAUGAGUACUGAAUCUUGGCAACAAUUCCUUUUGAGCAAUACCAAAGUCGGGCAUGAAAAUGGUACCACAAUAUGUUUUUAUUGCAUUAUAUCUUGCGAUUUUGAUAAAAAAAAAUAUUAUGUUUUUGAAGAAUUAUAUAUAAUUGAUCAUUAAAUUGUUUUAAAUACUUGGAAUUAGGACCAGAAAUGCUUAUAAAAAGUUUUUUGAAUGUUGACAACUUGUGAAUAAUAACUUGUAGGAUGAGGGAGAAUUUAAAACCCUGUGGACAACACUGUUAAUUUUGGGCCGGUCUCGGAGAUCGAUGUGUUGCUGAUGUUUAAAUGAUAACUAUGUGUUUUCUUUUGUGAGUUGUAGUAAAUAUUAUCUGCCUCUGGUUGUCCUCAAUUUACAGAGCAUCACAAUGGAUCGUGCUGUACAGAUUUUAUACUAUACAUUAUGAUGCUGAACCUGUCAUUUUGAAGAAUUUUUUGUGAAGUGUACAGUAUAUUUUUUGUUGUAAUUUGGAUGUAUAUUUUUGAGGUGGUUUAAAUUGUGAAGCAGUUAAAACCUUUCUUAAAUAUGAGUGAAGUCUAUGUCUCAUUCUGAUAUUUCUAAUGAUAUAUAUAUAUAUAGAACUGGUGAGGGUUACUUACAUUUUCUUGUGAUCUUGUUUUUUUUUAUUACUAUGUAAUUUCUUGUCAGUAGGAGACACUGUUGAAUCAUGUGACCUCGAUCUUCAGUCUUGGCAUACAGUGACAGAUUCGUACUCUGUCUGAUAUAACGUUACAGAUGUUUGAUUUUGGUUAUUUUAAGCGGCUGAACGUUUGCUGAAGAUUGCCCAAACAGAACUUGGUAUCAACUCUUUGUUUGAGCACAAUUUUAAAGAAAUUCAGAACCUUCAUUAUGUUAUAAAACUUUCCCUAUGCACAAUUCUGUAUUUUGUUGUAUUGAAUGCUGUAACUCUAUAUUAGAACCAGAUUCUGAAUUUAAUUAGCUUCCUUGAGUAGUGAAAGAAAAAUUCUCAAACACUGAAAAUCACUUGCUGAACAUUAGGUGUAGGUACACCAUUUUGGGUAACGUUAAACGCCUCAAUUUUAUCUAUAGCUGAAAAUGAUUAUCUCAUGAACUGAAGUGGACUGUGUAUUGUGUUUCACUGGUUGAAAAGUAGCAAUCUCUAUCCUACAGGAAUGAUCAAGUCUUUAUUUAUUCCUUACAUGUGAUAUAGAAAUGUAUAUAUUUAAUGUACAGAGCUGAAUAAUAUGAAGAAAAUGUCUAUCAUUCAUAUCAAUGGAACCUUGUCGUUUAUAGUGCUCCGAAUUAAUUUGAUGUUAUGGAAAUUUACAGUAUUUGCAUCUUGACUUUAUAGAUUCAACUGCUACUACAAUUUAUUUUGUUUAACAUUUCCAUGGUAAACUGCAAAAAUCUCAUUCAUAAUCAAAUUAAUGUCGGCGAUUGGGAGUUUUCUUUUGAGUACAUUUGUUGCAACCAAAUCAACACAGAUCUAAAAUUCAUUUCUUGGAAAAAAAAUUUUAAACAUAAAGAAAAGGUAGAAAAAGAUUUAGAACAUAAAAGAUGACAGUUUUCUUGUAAAUGAGAAAAAAAUAUUCCUUUAUUAUCAUGGAAUACCUGUUUUGAGUUCUUGCCACAGUUUCCCCUGUGAAAUGCAGUAAAGCCUUGCCAUAGCUUUGGAUUUCAUUAUACAUGUAUCAGAAUCUUAUAAUGUCACGUUACAUCAUUUUGAGACAUGGUGGAUAUAUAUAUCUCCAUGUGUGUGUGUGCAUUGCGUGUAACACACAAGAUUGCGACAGAUGACAUAUGUUUCUUUGGUAACACAACUUUAAAGAAAACUCUUAAGAAGUUGUACAAUGGGAAUGUAGAUUAUGCUUUAUUUGAAAGCAAUUAAAAAAUGUGUAUUCAAGGAUUGGGAUAAUGAACAUAUUUUAAAUAGAGUGUUGGAGAAUGUUGUUACGUGUGGUACAUGUAUUAUAGGGUGUAUAAUCUAGAACUAUUGCGAAGUCAAUUUUUGUUGUCUCUAUAAUCAUUUGCCUUGUGAUUUUUAAUGCUUUGAUGUAUAAAAAAAAAAAAACCACUCCCCCAAAAAAUCACCAUUGAUUUCUUUUCCAAAAUUUAUUUGGGCUUGAGCUGAUGGUUUUGUUUUUCUAGGAUAUGUCUCUGUUUAUAUCACUGUUUGUUGUAGUGUAAUAGAUGUAUGUAAAUUAUAUGUAGAGUUUUAGGUCUGUGUGUUUAUAAAGUCAACACAAGGUAGAUAACUCUACACAAGAUAGAUAACUCUUGAUAGUAUAAUUUUGAUAUCACAGAAUAGUUUUUAUUGAUAUUUUAACAGGGCAAAUUCAGCAGGAUGUAAAAGUAAACUGAUUUGAUUUGUUGAAGUACAUAGUUAUGCUUUUAAACUAGAUGAGAUGUUAUUUCAAAUCUCAAUGAUCAAUUCCAAUGAAAUGCAGACAGGUCAUACUAAUUUUGGGGGUGGGUGUUGUUGAUAAUUUUAUUUAGCAAGAAAUAGCCAUUGUUAUUGUUAAUUAUUCCAUUUUGAAAAGAAAUCUGGUAAACAAAGAUGGAUUUAUUUAAUAUCCUUCUGCAUUUAAAGUACAAAGACUAUGUUUUUAAAGAGGUUAUACAUUAUUUUUGUAAUUUACAUUUGUUUUACUAAUUGGUAACAGUCUAUUGACUUUAAACAAUUUGAUAUAGAAUCUAAAGUUAUAUAUUUUGUCAUGUGAUCAGAUGAUUUAUUAAAUGUUCAAAUAUAA